UUAUUUUUAACACACUCCAAACCGUUUCUCUUUGCACAAGAAAUCAAGUAGUAAAAUUGAGUUGAUCAAAAUGGCUUCAAUGACAAUGACAACCUCAUUGGCCGGCGGUUCCGUCGCGGCCCUGACCAAAGCCCCGGCCGCGACUAACCGCCCUAGGGUUGUUAUGGUAAAAGCAAGUUCAAAAGUGCCCGAGGCAGAAAAUGUUGUAAUGAGCAACAAGAAUGAGACCACCAAUAACAGUGGUCGAAGGGAGUUGUUCUUUGCCAUGGCGGCCGCUGCAGCCUGUUCUGUUGCAGGGGCCGCCAUGGCUGAGGACGAGCCGAAGCGCGGCUCGCCCGAGGCCAAGAAGAAGUACUAUCAAGUUUGUGUUUCAAACCCAACUGCUAGAAUUUGCCGUGAUGCAACUUAGAGGGCAAGUGUUUAAUUUGUCUUUAUUCUUAAUUUCUUGUACUUAUGCUAUGGUUUUUGUUAAUGUGAAAAAUGAACAAAUAAUUAAGACUUUGUAAAAGCUUUCUCAUGCAAUUCUAGUAUUUCGAUUUCCCUUCUACUGAA